GGGCAAGGGCUUCGGCAAGGACAAGGGCGGCAAAGGCUCUGGCAAGGACGGCGGCAAGGCCGGCGGCAAGGCCACGGGGCCAAAGGGCGGCGCCCCGGCGCCGUGGCACCCCCACCGCCGCUGAGCGCCGGACGGCGCUCCCAGGGCACUGGGGGCCGGCGACAGUGCCCAGGAAACGGAAGAGGAUUUUUCGGAUUCCUCGCGACAGCCGCAGCUGGGAGAUGAGUGCGAUGACCCAGUGCACCACAUGGUGAAAGAAUGGCACGCUGCUGUUUCGCCCAGCGAGGAGGGCGAAGGCCCCCUUUCGCGAGAGCAGAAAUGCAUUCUUGAAGAAAUGGUGCACAGUCCGGCGGCGUGGUACGCCAGGGUUGUAGCCCUCCUACAGCACUGGAGGUCUCGCAAGCGAGCAGGGCAGCAGCGCUUGGACCAGUGGCGCGCUUCGCUCCCAGCGCACGAGAAGCAUGUUCUGGGGAAGCUGGACCCGUUCAUGCUGCAGGACAUGUUUUUGGAAAGCGGGCGUGCCGACGCUGAGUACGUGGCAGACCUCAUGCGAGGCUUCCCCCUCGCAGACGUCGUGGGGGUCGGCGGCAUUGGGUCGGACGUGCCCGGAGGCACGUGCAGCCGCGGGAGGCCCGGCUGGGGCGGCCCGCUGCCGCUGGAGACCCUCCGCGCUUGGCGCUCUGACUUGAAUGCAAAGGCGCUGCAAGCAGCCGAAGCCCGCCGCCCCGAGACCGAGGACGAGCGCGAGCUCGCUGCAGCCAUCUGGGCGAAGGUCCAGAAGGACGUGCAGGCCGGCAGGACAGGGCCCCUGAGAGAGGUGCACGAGGUCGACCUCGACAACGUAUUGCUCGUGGAAUCCUUUGGGAUUUGGGAAGAACGCGGCUGUUCCGGUAGGAAAGCCCGAGAGAUCCACAACUUCCGCAAGAACUUCGUAACCGAAUGUGCUUGGAUGCCGCAAAAGUUCAGGUACGACACGUUGGAUCACAUGUUCAAGGGCAUUGCUGUCGUGGCCUCUCAGAGUGAACGACUAGGCGUACCACGCAACAUCGCUCUCGGAAAGACUGACUUCCAAUCAGCUUUCAAGACGCUCCCGCCUGACAAGGAUCAGGAAUGGAUGUGUUGGUCCCUAAUAUUCAACCCUGAAUUGGGUCGGUACCAAGUCGCGCCACUUUGGUCGCAUGUGUUCGGCAAUCUGGGAGGCGUGGCUGGCUGGUACAGAACAGCCCGCGCCCUCCAGCACAUCGCCACGAAGACGUUCUCUCUGCCCGUGUUCUUCUACGUGGACGACGUCUUCUGGGCGGCCGCGGGAUACCGGCUCCCCAACGGAGCGGCCCAGUCAGACUGGGUAGCAACGGUGUUCAGGGAAAUCGUCAGCGACUUCCUCGGCUGGGACCUGGAUCCCGAUAAGACCGUGGUGUCUGCCACUCUCCCGCUCCUGGGGCUGCUGCUCACGGUCGAGGACAAGAGCGUCCAGUGGCGCCUAGGCGAGCAGAAGCGGCAGUUGUGGAUCUUUGAACUAAGAGGCAUCUUGGCUGAGGACUGGCUGACCCCAGGACACGCUUCGAAGCUGUGUGGCAAACGUGCCUUUUUAAACACGCAUGUCUUCAAUCGCCUGGGUCGGGCGUUGCUGCGGCCAUUGAUUUGGAGGCAACGUCAGUCGGCCGGUUCCUUUCACCUUACGAAUCGUAUCCGGCAUUCCUUAGAGUGGUUCUUAGAGGUGCUACACUCAGGCCUGUCAAGGGCGGCCCCGCUCCCUCCGCCCCGCUCCGCCCCUGCCGCCCUAUUGUACUCCGACGCAGAGGGUACAGGCCAUGUGGGGGCCGUUGCAGUGACCGGGCACGACCGGCCAGUCUUCCUGCAGGGCCGGGUCCCGGCGAGCGUGAAAAGGCAGUUGCUUGGGCGCCAGACGAACAUAGUGGCCUUCGAGCUGCUGGCGGGACUGAUUGCCCUGGUUGCCCUGUGCCCGGAACGCCUUCGAGGCUGCCGGGUGGUCCAUUACGUGGACAACACCGCGGCGUUAGCGUGCGUUGUCAGAGGUUUUUCAAAGAAAAAAGACUUAGCCGCUAUCGCCGGCCGUCUUUGGUACGAGGCCGCGGCGAUGGGCAUUCAGUUUGAAGUAUAUUAUGUAAAUACGAAAGCGAAUCUGGCAGACGGCCCCUCCCGAGGGGAUCUGCGGAUACUCCGGACACUCGGAGCACAGGAACGUCUAGACUGGAUAUUCCCAGACUUUUCACAGGGCCUUGACGGAUGGAUGCAGCUCCGUGGCGAAGCCAACCGCUUGGUCUUCUGACCGCUGGAAG